AUGUCGUCUAGUCGCUCAAGAUCUUCAAUCCUAGAUAAGCCCCUUAGUAAAGGGAAAGGUGAAGUGUCUUUAGCAAUUUAUGCUCUUCUAUUUUCCGAAAUAGUUCAGUAUGCUCAAAAUCGAUCGCAUUCGAUACAGGAAUUACAAAACAAAUUAUCUGAAAUUGGACAAGAUGUGGGAAGCAGAGUACUAGAUUUAUAUUUCGUCAGAGAAAGGAAUAGCAAGCGAGAAAUUAAAUUACUUAAUAUGUUACUUUUUGUUAAAUCAACACUGUGGAAGGUCCUAUUUGGCAAAGAGGCAGAUAAAUUGGAGCAUGCAAAUGAUGAUGAAAGAACUUACUAUAUAAUAGAAAAAGAUGCUCUGGUUAAUAAGUUUAUAAGUGUACCAAAAGACAAGGGAUCCCUUAACUGUGCGUCAUUUAAUGCUGGUAUUAUAGAGGCUGUUCUCUCAAGAAGUGGUUUUCCUGCAAAAGUUACCGCUCACUGGCAUAAAGGCACAACAUAUAUGGUCAAAUUUGAUGAUGCAGUUGUCGCCAGGGAUAAAUCAUUAGAUGAUCGGUAG